AUGGCGACUCACGAUUUGAAGCGCAAGUCGCCAUCACACAGCCCCGUGUCCCGUCCACGGGCAACACUCGACCUGUCGGCGCCUGAGCCCGAAGACGACGGCUUCGAAAAGGUCAAGAAGCGCAAGCAGCGCAAAGUGGACAAGCAUCGUCCUCAGUUCCAGUAUGACACGAGCUACUUUCGCACAGGCAAGAAGAUUGGCAUCGCGCACAUUCGUGACCUGUCCCUCUUCGUGGCCGCCGAUGCUCAGAAGCCGUCAUGGAUUGUUGUCGACAACCCGUCCUAUGUGACCCACACAGUUGUUGUCUUUGUUCCCGGUCUUCUUCCCGAACAUCUUGGUCUUGCCAAGCUUCCUCCUGCCGCCUGCCUUCCCUUUACCACCAAGCCAUCCCCUUUGGCAGCUACAGAGGACCUUCCUGAAGCUCGUGUGCCGACAAUCCCAAAGCUCUUCUCUUAUGGGUGCCCCACUCGUGCCCCCGGAGACCAGAGGAAGCUUCAUUCCGUCAUGGCCACGCUUCUCCACAGCCCGCUGCCCGAGCACCUCAAGAAGAAGCGUGAUGCCGAAACCAAGCGCCUCACUGCCUUGUCAAAGCACGAGCUGGCCAGCCCUCUCCUCUACGUCUGCACAGCAAACCAGAUGACCAACAACGGAUACAAGCUUCCGAGCUAUGUCGAGGCCAGUGACGAGGUGUUCAUCCCCGGCGACAUCCCUGCCGAGCUGGAGGAGCUCCUCAAGAAGUCUCGCCGCCAUGACACCACAGCGGGGCCACAUGAGAUUGCCACUGCUGCUGUGACACUUCAGCCCGUUGGCCCACGCCCUGUGGUCGUCGAUGAGCAGGGGCGUAGGACGAGAGGAAACGUGAGAGGCGAGGAGGGUUGGGUUGAGACGCCCCAGGCCAAGGGUCCACCGGCCAACGGUGUCUACCCCGUGCUUGCGAUUGACUGUGAGAUGGAGCUGGCUCGCGUGUCGAUUGUGGAACUUGAGAGUGGCAAGAGCGUCUUUGAGGAGUUGGUUACGCCCCCCAAGCCUGUUGUCGACUACCUGACUGAGUUCUCUGGUAUGACCGCCGAGCGCAUGUCCAAGGCCAAGCACACCCUGAAGUCGAUCCAGACGGCUCUCGUCACCGGCCCGAACCCCAUCAUUACCCCUCACACCAUUCUUCUUGGCCACUCGUUGGAUUGCGACCUUGCUGCUCUCAAGAUCCGUCAUCCUCUCGUCAUUGACACGACCGUCAUUUACCGCCAUGCCCGUGGACCUCCAUACAAGCCUGGUCUCAAGUUCUUGACACAAAAGUGGCUGGGACGGGCUAUCCAGGGCAGCGCAGGAGGACACGACUCGGAGGAGGACGCCCGUGCUUGUGUGGACUUGCUUAAGAUGAAGCUUCUUAACGGUCCCGAGUUUGGUGACCCCAGCGUCGAGAGCGAGUCCAUCUUCGAGCGUCUCUCGCGCUUCCGUCCCAAUGCCAAGGCCAAGGGCAAGACGACCCUUGUGGCCGACCACGGUAACCCCGCGAGCUGGUACGGCGCCAAGGCCACGACUCCCGUCUCUUGUCAGACCGACGAUGACGUCGUUGACGCCGUUUGUGAGGGCGUCGCCAGUCACGAUUAUGUGUUUGCGCGCCUGACUGAGCUGUCAAUUGUGCAGCAAUGGAACUCUCUUCCCAGUGGCGAAACUGACAUGACGGACAUGUCCGACUCGCCCGAGGUCUCCGCAGCAUUGGAGCGCUUCGACGCUCGCCUCACCAAGCUCCACGCCUCUCUGCCCAGUGGCACAGCCCUUAUCCUCCUCACGGGGCACUCGGACCCGCGUCCCAUGCUGCACCUCACCGCUCGCCGCAACAGGUUCGACAGUGCCGUCCGUGUCGCCGGAAACGCCGACAACAUUGGCCCCGAGGACGGCUGGACGACCGAGGACGACCGUGCUCUUGAGAGUGCGGUCGCAGACACGCGAGAGGGCAUGACCUUCUUCUGCUGCACGUAA